UGCCCCUGCUCCCCCUGCGCAGGCCUCACAGUGCGUCUGGCCGGCGCUUUAAAGCGGCGACCUGGGCGGCUCCGCUAGCUGUUUUUCGUCUUCUCCUGGUUGCUACUGACUGGCGUUCCGCGAAGAUGCAGCUCAAGCCGAUGGAGAUCAACCCUGAGAUGCUGAACAAAGUGCUGUCCCGCCUGGGGGUCGCCGGUCAGUGGCGCUUCGUGGACGUGCUGGGGCUGGAGGAGGAGUCUCUGGGCUCGGUGCCAGCGCCUGCCUGCGCGCUGCUGCUGCUGUUUCCCCUCACGGCCCAGCAUGAGAACUUCAGGAAAAAACAGAUUGAAGAGCUGAAGGGACAAGAAGUUAGUCCUAAAGUAUAUUUCAUGAAGCAGACCAUUGGGAACUCCUGUGGCACAAUUGGACUUAUACACGCAGUGGCCAAUAAUCAAGAUAAACUGGGAUUUGAGGAUGGAUCAGUCCUGAAACAGUUUCUUUCUGAAACAGAGAAAAUGUCCCCCGAAGACAGAGCAAAAUGCUUUGAAAAGAAUGAGGCCAUACAGGCAGCCCAUGAUGCCGUGGCACAGGAAGGCCAAUGUCGGGUAGAUGACAAAGUGAAUUUCCAUUUUAUUCUGUUUAACAACGUGGAUGGCCACCUCUAUGAACUUGAUGGACGAAUGCCUUUUCCGGUGAACCAUGGCACCAGUUCAGAGGACACCCUGCUGCAGGAUGCUGCCAAGGUCUGCAGAGAAUUCACCGAGCGUGAGCAAGGAGAGGUCCGCUUCUCUGCCGUGGCUCUCUGCAAGGCAGCCUAAUGCUUUGUGGGAGGGACUUUGCUGUUUUCCCCCUCUUCCCUUCAACGUGAAAAUAUAUACCUCCCCAUGCAGUCUAAAAUGCUUUAGUACUUGUGAAACACAGCUGUCCUCCUUCCAUCCUGCAGACAUGCCUUCCCCUCAGCCACACCCAAGCACGAGCAGAGUGCACAGCUGUCCACUGGGCCAGUGUGGUGUGAGCUUCAGAUGGCGAAGCAUUCUCCCCAGUGUAUGUCUUGUACCCAAUAUCUAAUGCUUUCAAUGGCUACUUUGGUUUAUGUUUGUAAGUUAAGACCUUGGAUGUGGUUUAAUUGUCCUCAAAAGGAAUAAAACUUUUCUGCUGAUCAGA